AUGUCUGUGUCUCUCUCUAUCCAUCCUUUCUCUGACUCUCUGGAAUUAUAUGGCCAUCCUGAUCCUUCUUCGGCAUAUUCUCUUUCAGGCCAUGUAUCCAUAAGCUUGGCUUCCACUUCAUCUCUCUUCGAGCGACGCAGAGCUGUGCGCCUGCUGCUCCAGUCCUUGACCAUCACAUUCGAAGGACAGACAGAGCUCAUAACCACCGAGACCGGCUAUUCGGGUAUGCGACUUUGCUCCAUCACUCGCGAGUUGGCUCCCAGUGACCCCAUCGAGCUGAGUAACGAGGGUCAAGAAGACUCCGAGGCGCCUUGCUUUUGGAAUGUCAUAUUUAACAUCCAAGUCCCAGGGUGGCUUCCGCCAUCCGAGAGGUUUGGUGAUAUUUCAGAAAGCGAAGAAGCCGGCACUUCGUACGCGUUGUACGCCACCGCAAAGUUUGCGAACGUGUUUGAGCCUUCUGCGGACCAAUCAUGGUUACUCUCCACCUUAUGCUCGUCUUUCCGCUCGAAGCCGCGUGUCGUGAGCGCGGAUAGGUGCCCCAUCUUUAUCCGGCGUUUCAUGCCUGCCCCGUCGAUGCCCUCUUCCUCGACAUCUUUAUUCCCCCUGGCCAGUUUCGCCAAUGAGCCUCUCGCCAACCUUCCGGAAGAAUGCCCAGACUCUUCCUCUAUACCCCUCAACGUGCUCUCUAAGAUCCAGGUGGUUGCAUCGGUACCCAAUCAUAUCGACGUCGAUGAGGGAUCUAUCCCACUGACGCUACGGCUGCGGGCGCGCGACCUGCCUGAAGAUGUCGCUGCGAGACUACGGCUUACCAAGUUCACUGCAGACGUCGAACAGACGGAGAAGUUCCGCAUCUCGCCAUCCUCAGAAUAUACUGCGCAGUUCCCUCUACCCCCUCAAUCGGAGCAACCUCCGUACAAGUCAUUGCGGUCCUGUCACCCCAUGGGUGCUCUCUAUGAUCUCGGGUUCGCGACAGACGGACCUCGUCGUUCAGUCAGUCGAUCGUUCUCAGUCCUCUCGCCCGAGCACUCCGGUUCCUUCACCCUUUCAGGCGGAGAGCACGUCUUCUCCGAGAGUGAUCGGGGGGAUGGUUCGUUGAGCAGUUGGUGGUCGAUCCAAACGGAAGUCCCGCUCGGUAUGUCUGACGAGGAUAAGACCAAGAAGCAUUGGGGAGGGCCCAGGAGGCUCAGGCCUACGGCGCAGACGCCUCUGUUCGAUGUUCGACACAAGCUGCACCUCGUCUUGGCUUAUACAUACGACCUCGAUCAAAACCAGGCUAAGCCCAAACGAGCAGAAGCUCGCGUGAAGUUCUGCAUCCCUCUGGACUUCGUUCGCGUGGAGCCUCAAGCUGCUUUAUACACUCCGCCACUUUCUCCUGCGUCCUCUGUCUCAUCUGUGUGUUCCUUGACGACUUCCCUAUCCAUGACCAGCAUACCGUACACCUCGACGCUCCCACCGUAUUCGCAGUUGUACGACUGCAAUGGCGAACGGAAGAUUGAUUACUCCACUCCUCUUCCCCUCUAUACGCCUUCGCCUGUAUCCCCAUUCUUCGGAGAUGGUGACGACAUCCCACCCGCUGGCAGUAUCAAGGAUGCCGACUGA